UUUGUUGAGAAGCUCCGCCUGCAGAUGGCGCCACCCCGCAGAAUGAUGACUUCUAGCACAGCUGAUUUGCUGAACCAGAGGAGCAGAGGGAUCCGGGAUACUGGGACUUUACACAGAUUCUGCUUGAAAAUCCUCAGGAGCAUCACUCUUCAUGAAAACAGGAGCUUCAUUAAAGUUUGGAGCAAGACUUCAAAAACAGCAAUAAUGUACGACAGUGGUAGAAUCUACUUUGAUAAUUACCAGAACUGCUACAGUUGUGUCCACGAUCAGCCCCAGAAUUUAUACAAAUUCCCAAAGAAGUCCAAACAGCAGAAGAUUGAAGAUGCUCUGCUUUGUCAGAGCCCUCUUGACAAAACUUUAUCCUCUCCCUCUGAACAUAAACCCUGCCUCUUAGCUCUGACAGCAGAUAACUGGCUCUGCCGCAUUUCAGCUGAAACAGGAAAAGAGCUGCAGAGAAUUUAUCUCUCUCCUAAAUACAAGUACAGAUAUCUUGCCUGGAAUGUUCCACAAGAAACAUUUUACAUUAAAUCUGUUCAGAACAAAGAAACACCCUUGGCAAGACAGGCAGGUAUAUCGCAGAAUGUAGUCAUGCACAUGGCCAUUUUUCAUGUUUUCCCCUUGCAAAUUGUGGGGAUUUUGGAGAUAAAUAAAAAGGGAUUUGGAAGUGGUGUUACAGAUGUGGUUCUGUCCCAGGGUGUCCUUGCUGUGUCUUACAGUAACAAGUCAGUGAAACUGUACAGUUUUGAACACGUUGUCCAAAGAUGCUUAAUUGAAGAGUUGACAUUGGGACAGCAGAGUCCCCUGCUGGGACAUAGAACCGUCGGGGACGUUCCAUUUGGUAUCCCAGUUAACAUCCAGAUCACAGAACCGCCACCACUUCUUUUUGAGGCAUUCUCUCACAAUGGUAUCCAGAUCGGCGGCUUCCCUUGGCACUACAUUUACACUCCACCACACAAAAAACACAGAGGGACUCACUACAUCUCUGCACUCAAGGACAGCACUUUGGCAAAAAAUGGAAUCCAGAACAUGAACUGUUGCUCUCUUGAGAGUGACGUCAUCUUCUUCCAUCCAGCUGAUUCAGGGAGAGUCAUCCACAUUGGACCUAACACUAUAAAUGUGCUGAAAGUCAUUAGUGAACUAAACAGUCCUUUGCCAUCAGAGGUGCUAGAGGAUUACUCUCUGACAACACAUCGAAGCCAUCCGUCCCCUCGUGUCACCGUCACGUCUUCAGGCCGGACAGUGAGAUCGAGAUUUCAACAACUGGAUGAUGACCCAAUGCAGGAGACAUUUCGGUUGCUGGAAUACGAGGAUGAACUCGACCUUCUGGCCAUAGCGGUAACUAACGGGGAGGGCGAGGAGGGCAGAGCUCAUGUCCAACUGCAUGACAACCAAACAGGGCGGUUACAGCGAAAGAUUGAUCUGGAUGAGCCUUGGGAUGAGACUUAUCCACAUGAGCUGUUCUUUGACAGAGACACCAUUGUUCACAUUGAGCAAAAGGGCAGCCAGUUCUGCUGCUAUGUUUAUAAACUCAGGACCAUCACUAAAUGACAAAAUUGACUGAAUGAUAUUGUGAUGUUUUUUCCAAUGUUGUAAAGUUAUUGGAAGGAGUAGUAAACUUGUGGAUACUUGUAUAUUUUAUUUUGUCUGAAUAUCUGUUUUCUUUAUUGUAAAUUUCUGUAAUCACUAACAACUGCAAAAACUUUGU